AUGGCUUCUUCUAUACCCCAAGUCAUCAUAGGUUUCACAUUCUUAGCCCUCCUUUCCUCACUUCAAUUAUCAAUUGUAAUGGGGGAUGAUAAUCUCAUAAUCCAAACAUGCAAACACACACAGAUUUUCAAGCUCUGUCUCAGCACACUUCAAUCAGAUCCACGAAGCAAGAGUGAAGAUGUUGCUGGACUAGGCCUAAUUGUUGUAGAUGCAAUCAAGAAAAAUAUAAAUGUGGGAAUUAAUCAAAUCAAACGAUUACAACAUUCAAGGCCACGCCUCAUAAAGCCUUUAAGCUCUUGUCUAGAUAAUUAUGAGUUCGUUUUAAGUGAUCUUGUACCAGAAACAGAACAUGCAAUUCGAGGAGUCCCCAAGUUUGCUGAAGAUGGAAUGGUUGGUACUACACAAGUGGCUGAUAGUUGCAAGAGUGCAUUUGGUUCAUCAGUUUCUCCUAUUUCUGCCUUAAAUACUAGAAUUCGUGACUUGGCUGUUGUGGCUAGAGCCAUAAUAAGGAAUUUGUUGUGA